CAUCGCGCGAUCAGUAGGUUGGUACGUGCCGACUGCCGGGUAUAUACCGUGUACGGUCGUAUACAUGUGAUUAAAAUAAUUUGUUGUUUUCGCUUUUGCUUUUUUUAAUUUAAUUUUUUUUUUUAACAUUUUGAAACAUUUUAAUCAAUCUUCGCAUCGCGGUUUUUAUCACCAUCCAACGAAUACGCAUAAAUCGUCAACUGAAUAAUUUUAAACAAUAUAAUUCGUAUAAACAACGUUCUUUUCACUAUAUACGUUUUUUGUUGUACAUAAUACAAUAUAACAGAACUAUUAAAUUUUAUUUCGACAAUAUUUUUCAUGUAUCAUACUGUAGUGCGACUUGAUAACGUUUUAGUUUCGUAUGUCCGUGACGCCUUUUUAUUUUUUUUUUUAAACAAUUAAUUUUUUUUAAUAACGUUUUUACGAAAGAAUAAUAUAUAUAGAAUAAUAGUUAUUAUGUGCGAUCUACAAACUAGUAACGGCGAAUCUGUAUUUGAUGACAUUGAUUUGGGAUUUAAGUCUAUAUUAGACGAAUCUUUCCAUCCAUUUUUCGGAAACAUUGACGAUAAAUGUAUGGACAAUUCGAGUAUUAGAGAAGAAAUCAUCGUCGAAGAAUCAGAAGAAAUGGGUAAAGCAUUGCAAAUGGGGAUCGUCCGUAAGAAAAGCCAAUCGCUGGCCAAUGCCCCGAAGCGAAGCAACCGAAAAUCCUCAGGUAAAGCGUGCGGAGUGCCCAGAGAUGGAAAUGUCGACAAAAAAGAAGAAUCCGAGCUUUUAUGGACAAAUGUCGUAGAAUCUCAGUCGGCGUUUCUGGGACCGAAUCUUUGGGACAACAAAACCAUACCGUACGACAAUGACCUCAAAUACUGCGACCUGGACGAGUUCCUGUCCGAGAACGGAUUGCCGGUGGAAGGCGACCAGCAGAACGGGACGAGCGCGGGCAACGUGAACCCGGGCACCGUCGUGGCGGCCAGUCACCAGGGCGGCGGCGGCGGCGCGCUGAUGCCGGGCGUGAACGGGCGACUAUCGCCGCCGCCACCGGCCGCUAUACACCCGAUACAGCAUCUGCAGACGAACGGCACGGGCGGCGUGGGCGCCAUACUGACCAAGCGCGAGCCGUCGCCGUCGCCCAGCGAGCCGCUCAGCCCGAUCACGAUCAAUCCGCCGUCGCCCGCCGAUUCAACACUGUCGUUCGCGUCGUCCAGCAGAGACUUCGACCCGAGAACAAGGCCGUUUUCCGACGAGGAGUUGAAGCCGCAGCCAAUGGUAAAGAAAUCAAGGAAACAGUUUGUGCCGGACGGGCUGAAAGACGAAAAAUACUGGGCAAGACGUAGAAAAAACAACAUGGCUGCCAAGCGUUCGAGAGACGCGAGGCGAAUGAAAGAGAACCAAAUUGCGUUGAGAGCAGGAUUUUUAGAAAAAGAGAACAUGGGCCUCAGACAAGAGAUGGAACGCUUAAAGAAGGAAAACUUGGCUCUGCGAGAUCGCCUUUCAAAGUUCACGAACGAGAUCUAGAAUACAAAUCAUGCGGAUUUCUAUAAUAUGCACACCACACACACACACACACACACACACACACACACAAACACACACACACAACCCUUCGUUAUACAUAUAUGUAUGUAUAUGUAUAUAUUUAAUGUCCUGUGUUUUUGAUCAAUAUGAAAUAUCUUACACCCGAGGAGUAUAUAAUAAUAUUUAUCGUAACAUAUGUACAAUAUUAUAUAAUGUAAUUUGUUUACCGCAACGUCGACCGUCGAAGAACAACACCCUGUAUAUAAAAAUAUAUAUGUGUGUUAUGAAUGUAA